AACAAACAGCUCAAAUACGUUUACAUAUAGCCUAGCAACUGAGUCCAGUUUCGUAUCAACGGUCCAAACUCGAUUCCUUAAACAACGGCCCAAUAAGAGAAAAAAACAGCGAAUCAGUAAAAGCCACGUAGUGACAGACCCAUUAGUAUCUGAAUCAUCAUCAUAAAAGAAGCUUCAUUGUUCUCCGGGCCGUCGUGUCCGUGAGUCGCGCGCGGCUUUCAUUACCGAGAAAACACAAUCAUAGAGAAGCUCUCAGUCUUGUUUGCUUAUCUAGAGUUAACUAUGAUUACUCUAAUGGAUCCCUCUUUACUUAUCUUUCCCUUUCGAUUGAUUGUUUCUCGAGAGCGCGAAAAAUGUCCGAGAGGUUUCAGAACCCUGCGGCGGAGACGAUUCCGGGUACACCUGUUAUCCGAGAGGUGAGAAACGGAUCCGGGUCCGAGAAAUUUAACCCCGUGAGUACAAGGAGAGGAGGAGUGAGAGCUGAAGUCGACAUUUCUCCACCAUUGUUUGGUGGUUGUCCCUUCAACCUCGAAGACAAUUUCGAGGGUGUGAGAGAAUUUGACAUAAAGAGAAUGAAAGAACAGACUGUGGAGCUUGAGAAGGAUCUGAUUAUGAAAGAGUUGGAGACUCUUGAUUUUCUAGAAGCUCUUGCAUCAACCAAAAGCAUGGUCGAAGAUUUCAAGCGGCAGCUCCAGCAACAAGCAAUGAGAUGCAGGGAGACCCCUGAACAUUUGCGUUCACACAUCAAAGAGAUGAUCGAUGAACGCACUCACCGUAAUUCCCACAAGUCUCCAGAUCUGACACUCAUUGAAUCGAAGCAGGCAUGUAUGAAUCUUGGUAAAACCAUGGAUGAUCUUGCGUUGAUCCAAUCCUAUGCUGAGUCUCUGAAUAUGACAACAAAGCAAGAGAAAGGUUUCCUUGGAGCAGCGUCUCUAGCUGAGGAGCUUAACAGUCUGAAGUUGAAACCACAAGGUCCUGACCAAGGAGAGAGGUUCAAUACGGAGGAUUUACCUGUGAACCCACAAUGUGAACAGGUUAAGAUGGUAGUUCAAACCAAUGAUACACCUUACCACAAACAGAGCAAGGCUUGUCUAAGAACUGCAGAAAUGAGAUUGGUUGCUGCAAGAAAAAUGGAAGAGGCUGCAAGAGCAGCGGAAGCACUUGCGAUUGCUGAAAUGACCAUGUUAUCCGGCGGGAAAAAACAAGACGCUCUCUGCUUCCCAGAGCAACCAAGUAUUCCAUUAACACUUGGAGCACAGAUGAACAAAGAAUUAUCCACCAAUGUCUCAAGAAUAGAGAUAUUGAGAAGGCUGGAGGAAGCUAAUGAAGAAGUCAAACAAAGUAAACAAGCCUUGGAAAUUGCAUUUAACCGGGUAGAAAUCGCCAGUGUGAAGCAACUUGAAGCAGAAGAUGCGGUUCGCCAGUGGAACAUAGAAUCAUGGAAAAACCAGAAAGCUAUUGGACCAAAAGGAACGACGAAAAGAGAUAGCUUCUCUCGACGCUCCUUCUUGGGCCAUGUGAAACAGCACGAGCCACGAAUCUAUCUCCCAGAGCCAAUGCUGAAACGAAACGUAUCAACGGGCAAUGUUCUAACACGGAAACAAGUCCCUACUAUCGACGAUGAGAAUCAGUUGGUGACACCGAGGAGAAAGUUUAAGUUCAUACACACACGUCAAACUUCAUUUGGAGAAACAGUGUAAGCUUAAACUCAGCCUUUGAAAACAUGUUUUGGCGUUUUGCCCAUUUUUGUGUGUGUUUUUUUCUUUCUUGGUUUUGAUCAUUGAUGCGUGUUGUUGCUUCUAUGAUUCUAUCAUAAGCAAACCCAGAUGAUUAGAGUGAAAGGUGUUGUUCUGACUCAAAUGUGACGAAUAUUAAAAAAAAAACAUACAAAAAAGCUUCUAGUACU